GCGGAGUCACCUCGGCUCUCGCCGGGCCACAUCGGACGCACGGAGCCUCCUCCGAGCACUGCGCGCGCAGCAGCCGGUCUCGCGCGCCCGUGGAGUUGCCACAGAGGUAGCACAAGCACGAUGGACGACGACGGCGCGUACACGCCCAUCCCCGACGAGGAGGAGCCCCUUCUAGUACCACAAAAGAGGACACGAAGAGUAAGAUACGCCGUCGGCGCCGCCGCUGUGCUCUGUGCGGGCGGCGCCGCCGCGCGCGCCACGACGAGACCGACCGCAGAAAAACUCUUCUCGCUCAGCCAGUGCCCCGCCGCUUUAGCGCAGGACAUCGACCCCACUGUGUGUGCCGAGGCCGACGCCGAGCAGUGCGCCCACUUGUGUACGGACGGCGGCAACGACUGCCAGACCCUCUGCGCCGACGCCUGCGACGAGGGCGCGGGCGCCGUCUGCGCGUUGGCGGCCUUUGCUAAUCUCGACACGGUCUGCCCUGCUUUAGGAUACUGCGCCGGCGAACUUGUAGAUGAUGUGCAGGCGUGGUUCGCGCCGACGUGGAAAGGCUACCUGGAGACAGCUUUGACGAUCAAGGCGGACUACGAACCCGGUUGGGCGCUUAUCCCGGACUGGGGGUCGGGCGACGACGACACGGCCAUGUCUUGUGACCUGUACGCGUGGUGCACCGUUUGUGCGGGGGCGGACUCGUGCGCGGACGUGGAGACCGUCGCGGCGACGGCGAUGCACGACCUCUACAAGCUCGAAAAUAGGUGCAAGUCGAGGGACGCCUGCCUGCCGCCGCACACGCACGGCGCGCGGCGAUGAGGACCGUAGUAGUUGUACAUAACGUAAUUCUUCCGCUUGAA